CCAGCGCGCGGCUGCCCCGCCCCCGCCCGCGGGCCAACCGCCGGGGCGCGCGCCCGGGAGGGCGGUCCCGGGCCCAGAGCUCGCGAGAGGAACAUGGCCGCGGCGGGCCGGGGAAUGUGCUGAAACAGACACUAGAAGGGUGCUAGAGAUAGCAGAGCGCCGAGGCUGCCCAGGAUGGAGCCCGCGGGGCCGGCGGACGGCGAGGACGAGCCCGGGCCCCCGGCGCGGCUGGCGCCCAGCCCGCACAGCGAGGCCGUGGCACACGAGCUGCGGGGGCUGUCGCUGCACGCCACCCCUGCCCUGCCGCCCUCACCUGAGCGCAAGACUGUACUUCAGCUGAGGCUGCAACAGAGACGGACACGAGAACAGCUGGUGGACCAGGGCAUCAUGCCACCUUUGAAAAGUCCAGCUGCAUUCCAUGAGCAGAUAAAGAGCCUGGAGCGAGCCAGGACUGAAAAUUUCUUGAAGCACAAGAUCCGGAGCAGGCCGGACCGCUCGGAGCUGGUCAGAAUGCACAUCCUGGAAGAGACCUUUGCAGAGCCUUCACUACAGGCCACUCAGAUGAAACUGAAGAGAGCUCGGUUGGCAGAUGAUCUGAAUGAGAAGAUUGCUCAGAGACCUGGCCCUAUGGAACUGGUAGAAAAAAAUAUUCUUCCUGUAGACUCCAGCGUUAAAGAAGCCAUUAUAGCAGUUGGACAAGAGAAUUACCCUCAAGCUUUGGAUGAUUUUUCAUUUGAUGAAGACAGCAGUGAUGCUUUAUCACCAGAUCAACCAGCCAGCCAAGAAUCCCAGGGUUCAGCAGCUUCCCCUGGUGAGCCAAAAACAAGUGACUCACCCUCACCUAUAACCCCAAAUGCUGCUACAUCAUCACAGUAUCCACCUUUAACUUCUCCAGUUCCUGAAUUCCUCAAAACUCCCUCUACAAUUGAACAGCAUGUGACUCGUUCCACUGCUGCAACCACCCUGACCACAACCACUGUAUCUGCAGCAAAGCCUGGGCCAACAUUAGUGAAGCAAAGCCACCCAAAGAACCCAAAUGAUAAACAUCGGAGCAAGAAAUGUAAAGAACCUAAGCCAAGGGUGAAAAAAUUGAAGUAUCAUCAGUAUAUUCCACCUGAUCAGAAAGGUGAGAAAAAUGAGCCACAGAUGGACUCCAACUAUGCUCGUCUGCUACAACAGCAGCAACUGUUUUUGCAGCUGCAGAUCCUGAGCCAACAGCAACAACACUACAACUACCAGACAAUUCUACCUGCACUGCUGAAGCCACUGAAUGACAAACAGAGCAACAAUGGGACUUCACCACUGAAUACUUUGAACAAUAGUACACCAACAUCAGCUGCCAAUUCACCAAGACAGAACAGUAAUGUUCCUAGCAGGAAACCAGGACUUCUGCCUUCCAGUUUGGAUGACUUGAAGGUAGCAGAGCUUAAAAUGGAAUUGAAACUGAGGGGAUUACCAGUGUCUGGAACAAAAACAGAUCUUAUUGAGCGUCUGAAAACCUAUCAAGAUCUUAACAACAAUGGGGUUGCUACAAGUACCUCUGUGACAGUGACCACUUCUAGUGGGGCCACAGGUAACACUGGGGAAGUGACUGUGGCAUUUCCUGUUGCAACGGUAAAUACACCAGUGGCUAAUACGAUAUCCAGCUUCCCACCAGAAAAAACAUCUACUGGACCUGGCAGCAAAGCAGUAAAUACUGAAAACAUCAGCUCUCCCCUGCCUAUAUCUCCCUCUCCCUCUGAACAGUCGAGUCUAAGCACAGAUGAUACGAGUAUGGCAGACACCUUCCCAGAAAUGACCAUGAUGUCACCAUCCCAGUUCCUAAGUACUUCACCACUGAGAGCAAGUACAAAUGAGGAUAAUCAGAAUCGCAGCAGUGGAAGCAUCUCAACCAUGGAGUUUGAUGUAGCAGAAAAGGACCGCAAGCUUCAAGAAAAAGAAAAACAGAUUGAAGAGCUCAAAAGAAAACUGGAACAAGAGCAAAAACUUGUGGAAGUAUUGAAAAUGCAACUUGAGGUUGAAAAAAGGGGACAACAGCAACAGUCUCAGACUUUUGGUAACUCAGCUGCUUUGGAACAGAAGCAGUUCAGUGCUGCUGUCAAAGAUGAAACUGCUCCUGCUGACUGCUCAAGUACAAGUCAAUCUGUACCCGUAGCCAGCCAUUCCUUAGGACAGUCAGUGUACACCGCUGGCCAGAAUCCAGUUGCCAAAAAGGCAGUUGUUAUCAAGCAGGAGAUACCUGUGGCCAAAGCUGAACCUCAGAAUGCCAUUUCUCAGUUUUAUGUUAGUCCACAGAGGCAGCCACAAACUGCAGUUGUUGCCCAGCCUCAAGCUUUAUUAACUACCCAAGGAACUGCACAGCUGCUCCUCCCACUGUCUAUCCAGGGACCGAAUACUGCUACUGCAGUGCAGCUACCAGUCGGAAAUAUCAAGUUGCAGGCUCAAUCACAAGCUGGAAUACAGACCCCAUCACAAAUACCUGCUCCUAUCUCUUCCUCUGGCCUGGUGCAGACAGCACCUCAGAUGCAUGCUCCACAAUCAAAACAAAAUACCAUCACGCAGCACGCACUUGGUCAAACCCAACAAAUCAGAAAGGUUUUUCCACCUGCCACAUCAAAUGCAGUAUUUUCCUAUCAGACUGCACCAGUUUCAACACCUUCACAAUCUUUUAUUAAUAAAACAUCAAACUCUAACAUUCACCCUGGUGGUAAUCAGGUCCCUUCUGUGCAGAAUGGACCUGCUGCUUCCAACAAGCCUGGGUCUCCAUCUCAAGCCCAGCCUUACAUUGUUCAGCAGCCCCUCUUCAACAACACAGUGUCCAAGACAAAAGAUCCUCCUCGUUACGAAGAGGCCAUAAAACAGACCCGCAAUAUUCAGCCAUCACAGCGUGAGAUUCCCAGUGCACACAGUCAGCAGAUGGAUGAUCUUUUUGAUAUUCUUAUCAAGAGUGGAGAGAUUUCCCUUCCAAUAAAAGAAGAACCAUCUCCCAUAUCUAAAAUGAGACCAGUAACAGCCAACAUCACUACAAUGCCAGUGAACACAGUAAUAUCCCGUCCACCUCCGCAGAUCCAAAUGGCCCCUCCUCCUGUGUCCUUAGAACCAACGACCAGUUUGUCUAUAAGUUUGGAAAACCAACUUGAAGCCCUCUUGGAUGGAACUUUACCAUCAGGUAAUGAAAUUCCUCAACUGACAAGCAGUAAUGAGGACAGAGAGUCAUUUUCUUUAAUUGAAGACCUCCAGAAUGAUCUGCUUAAUCACUCCAGCAUUUUAGAUAACUCUCAUUCACCCAUGGAAACAGCUGACCCACAGUUUACUACUAAUAAUUCUUGUCUGUCUCUUGACCUUCCCGAUACAAAUUUGGACAAUAUGGAAUGGCUGGACAUUACAAUGCCUAGCUCCUCAUCUGGACUCACCCCUCUCAGUUCUGCUGCCCCAAGUGUGUUUUCCACUGACUUUCUAGAUCCACAAGAUCUGCAGUUGCACUGGGAUUAAUUUAUAGCCAAUGAGAACACGACCUGCAAGUCUCUUUACAGCAGAGGUCCAUUAUUAUACCAUUCUGAUUGCAGUUAACAUAAACUAAGACAGUAAUGUUUGGAAGAACAAAUGCUUGAAGCUAAUUCCUUAUUGAUUUUCAAGUUUACAACAGUGAAUCACUUUAUGCACCUAUCAGUAAUGCAGAUCAGGGCCCUCUGAAAGCUGUAUUUCACAAGUCAAUAAAGGAUAAUUGUACUUCGUGAUUAAAAGUACCCCAAGGUAAAUGUAUCACAGAUAUUUAAGAAAGAAGUUAUGUUUCUGACCUUGUAAUGCUUAAAUGAGCAACACAACAUGACUAAACUUAGAGUGAGAUGUCAGUUCUCUGUAUUGACCCAGUGAACAAAUGUCUGGGAAAGGGGAGGGAGGUAUCACUGCACUUCAUUGUUCCUGUGGAAAGCCUGAGCCAGGUUCAGAACUAAUUGUGAGGGCAAAGGCAAGUAGAAGCACUGGCUGGUUCAGUGAAAUUUCAUAUAUCUAGUCUCUUAAUUUGUUCAAAUUGUUUUUCUAUUUUGCUUUUGUGGAUUUUAAAAUACUUCCCCCAUUCUUUAAUCAUGAGGGAGGAAUUUAACUGCAUCCAAAGGCGUAUUAAAUGUAAUUGCAAGAAGUCCACUGUCACUGAAGCCAGGUAAUAUUGAGAACACUGAAUUUUCUAUAGCAAUGCUCUGGAUUUAAUAGGUGGGUUUUAAUGUGUAUAUCAGACAGUUAUUUGUAUACUCUUUUAACUUUAUAUAGCUUAUUUUUGUGAACAGAGGGGAACACAGUGGUCUUCAAACAAGAGAUUAUUAUAAUGGAAGUAAAUAUCCCAUUGUGCUUUGUGUUUGAGGAUACUUUGUUUUGUCUAACAAAGUUCAACUUUGUUAGAUCAUUGAAUCCAGUAUCUCAGCAUAUUAGAAAAGUUUGAGGAAUUAGAAAAGUUUAAUUAAUAGUAUUGUAUACUACAAUCCUGCAAGCAUCUAUGCAAGAAUAGUCCCAAUGCCCUCCAUAAAAGAUGUUUAUAGGACGAGAUCAAGUUGCAGGGGAUGAUGCUUACAGGACAACCAUAAUUUCUUAAUGAACACUUUGUCUGUUGAACAGCUUUGUCAGCCACUACAUAACAUCAGGGAAACCAACAGAGAAGCUGCUCAGUGUGAAUCCUAAACACCAGGAUCAGAAUGUAUUGUUUGUGAUAAGAAGGCAUAUUGCAUAUCUGAAACAGAGAAUAGCAAAAAUUAAGCUCUUACCUCACAGCACAGCAUAUGAAUUUUUUUUGUUUGUUUUAAUGCCCUUAGUUGUUGUUUCCAGAGUCUAUUUUGAAAGCAGUUAGAAAAACAAACAAAAAAUUCAAGUAGAACUAAUAUACUUUGACAUUCUAUGGUUGUCUCUCAGGUAAUAGCCAUUAAAUGUUGCCAUAGAUGAUGGAGGCUGAUAAUCAAACACAAAAUUGGAACUUCCUAUUAGGGAAUUCCUAAAUUAAGAUAAAAUGAAACACUCCCUGUUUCCUGAAAUGGGGAAACAUUGUAUGUUUUCUAGUCUGAAAACUGAUCUCAUUGCAUGGUUCUUUCCUCACCCAUAAGCUUCAAAAAUAAAGUUCUGUAGGAUUGAAUGAAAAAAUGCCCCGAAGCUUUUGCCUACUUCUUAGAAUCAUGAUAUGUAUCAAAGAAAUACUGAAAACAGUAAGUAGCUGUUAUCCAUUUAGCAACCUUCAUCACAUUUUUCAAAACGAAAACCAAAACACAAUCAUGUUAACAUCAAACAAAUACUUUUGUCAGAAAAUGUUAUGGAAUCAACUGAAAAUUUGUGUCUCAAGAUAUAAUGCAGUCUGGUUUACUGAUAUGACAGAAUUCCAUUGGCUUCAGAUAAAAUAAUGUAUUACAUCAUUGAUUCAGGGUUUGAACUGAUACCAUAUGUUUGCAUCAUAUCAAUUACAGCACUUUAAAUCAUUAUGUAUGGUUUUACUGGCCAAGAAUUACUGUAAUAUGAAACUAAGUACAAGAAAACAAUCUUUGGAGAUUUUCACUACACGCAGUUGAAAGACAUAAUUCCUUACUCUUUUUUGCUGUGCCUACAAUACUUAAGUACAAUAUUACAUGUGGACUGUCUGCCUUAAGCUUUGAUGGUAUAGGACUUUUCAAUAAGAGUGAACACUUAACAUUCAACUUUUUGCAUUCCUGUUCAUCAUCCUAUCUUGGGAGCUGAUACUCUGAGAUACAAAGUGCCCUCGGCUGUUACAAGAAUAAGAAUUAAGGACUCUUGGUCUGAUAGGAACAACUCUGAAUGAAAUUUAGUGUUCUGCAGUACUGUCAGUUUAUUAUGUGUGAUACACCAGACAUCAUACAAUAUAUGUGUGGUUAGAGUUAUCCCUUUUUGACCCUGCCUCCUGAUUAAAUAAGAGGCAAGUAAAUUAAUUUUUAGAGGACAAAUUAACCUAGAGCAACUGUACUGUCAUUUUUGAUGUGCAUGUAAAUACAGCAAAAAUAAAUCCAAACAGUUGAGAUGUCUUGUUAUCAGUGCGGUAUAGCUUUCUGCUCUGAAUGUCUAUUUGAAAAAAAAAAAUUAAGGGAUCAUUUUAGUUUCUGAAGUACAAAUAUUCUAGUGUAGGGAAUGUGUGAUUACUUUUCUGUACAUUUCAGAAUUGUGUAUUAAACCUUAUAUAAAAUGGUUUGCUUUAGACUUUGUUCUGAAAUGUGAUAUGUUUGCCAUAGUUGUAUGUGCCUGUUUAUGGCAGAAAUAGGUUUUGCUUAGACUUUUGUGUGUGCAUGUUUUACAUGAAAAUUUUUGUAGCACAAAUACAUCUUAGAAAUUAAUCAUGACUGUGCAGUUUGACUGCACAGAACUGAAUCUUUCUCAUUAAGAGAACAGUUGCAAAGGAAUGCACUGGCACUAAAUUUGCCAUUUAAUGGCUGCAGUAUACUAACAGAAUGCAUCCUAUCAAAUGUGGUGUUAGUGGGUCCUUCAAAGUAAUUAAGAAUACCUUUUAAUCAGUAUGAAAAUCAAAAAUUGGUUGUUUUCUCAUCUAGACAGAGAGAGCUCAGACAAUGUUUUACUAGGCUCAUGUUACUCAAGAGGAGUCACAUCCUGUGUUCAGUAGAGAAAUGGAAUUUGCUGCACACUUUGCAUGCCAUUCAGCAUCAGUUACAGCAAGGAAGUAUACAGGCAAAAUUUUUUUUUAACAUUAGAAAUAGUUAAAAGAGCAUUGUCAUACUCUCUCUGACAAUAACAUUAAUUUAUGGCAGUUGUUUUCUACAGAAAUUUAAAGUAUAACCCAGUAUUGUGGGCUUGCAGAUCUGCAGAAUCAGAACUUUGAGGCUACAGCUUUUAGAAAUGAUUACUACUUAAUACAUUUAUUUCCCAGUUAUUUCUAAAUUCACCAACAAGAGUCAUGUUCAGAGAAGAUGGUGAUCCAAACAGAAGUGUCAAACCUUUCUGUUACAUAAUCUCAAAUAUUCAGGUGCCUCAAACAUGUAGGUACUGUAAUGAGAACACAAGCACAAGCUGCUGAAUUAUAUUCAAGGCAGAGAAACUGCAAUUACAGGAUACAUUGAACUGGAAGGGCAUUAUGUAAUCAAAACACAGGAAAAUUCACCGAUGUAAACAGUUAUUAUUUGGAUGGCAUCUUAAGUGUAUUAUAAAUUUCAAGCAAACUCUGUUAAAACUGGAAAAAAAUCUUCCACUUAUCUCUAGUAAAUGUUCUGUUGAAACUCUUUGUAUUGUGGUCUGUGAAAUCACCUUUCAGUGACUUCUAGACCAUAGCCCAGAAGGUAUUUCGUGUGAGAUCGUGGAAUUGAGUUACAUAUAGUUAUAUACAUGGCCAAUAAAGAGCAUACAUUAAAAUCUGAAACAAUCUCAAAUACUCCUUUUAUACCAGUUUGCUAGGAAUAAAGUGCAAAAAAGAGACACCUACAUCAUUCUGUAGUGUCCAGUACUGAAUAUAAAGUGUUUUUAAGUUAAAAGUGCAUAGAUGUAUUUGUAGAAAUCUAGCCAAAAAAAGCCAUUCUAGCUAUGAGAGCAAAUUCUCAAAAAAAAAAAAAAAAAAAAAAAGCAGGGAAUGGUUAAUAACUAUAGAAUCACACUAUUUUUAUAAAAUUAUACAGCUCAGAUAUUCAAAAAACAGCCUAAAAUAAAUUAUAAUACUAUAAACAUUUAAAUAGGAACCAAAGCAUUGCCAUUUAUAUUGCCAAAGGAGGCACUUUGUAUUUUAAAACAUAGGAAAUUUAAGUCCCCAAAAGUGUUAUCCAUACUUUUUUAAAAUUAAGGAUGUAGAUAUUUUCAAAGCUGUUUUUGAUGUUUAACAGUACAGAUUUGUUUUUGUUGUUUGAGAAAUUUGUAGUAACUAAUAGCACAGGCUUUUUUUUCCAGAUAGGAUUUUCUUCACAGUACUGCUUGCAGUAGAAAUAACGCUAACCCUAGUAGAUGUUUCUCUUCUUCUUUUCAUAGUCAUAAUUAUGUCUUAGCAUCUCAUUUUGUGAAAAGAAGAAGAUAAACACCUGUCUAAGGGGCCCUCUUCAUUUAAGCACUACUUUACUAAAUGCAAAUUAUGGCAAUCAGGGCGUCAGUUUAUGUAUUGCCUUUCUAGAACCAUGAUGCCUUUGUAUUUGCUGUUUGCACCCCUAAAAUCAAUUCCAUAUGUUUGAAUGCCAUAUGUUUUGCACAUUGUACUGUAUAUAUGUAAUGCAUACUGUAUUUUUAUAUGUGUACUACAUUUAUCAAAUAUUUUGUACAUAGUGGCAAUAUUGUAGCUACUGAGGAAAUGUUUGAUAUUUCAGCAUUUUUGCUAAGUGUCUCAAAUAAAAAAGGAAAACUGUG